GUCAAAAAGUAUAAUUGUCAAAGUCAGGCUUGCCUAUUAGGCAAGCAAAAUUCGAUAUCUUUAAGAAAAAUAUCACCUAAAUUACAAUAAAUAUAAACCUACGUAUAUUACAUUACUUUUUUAAAUUUCAAUUGAACUCUAAUAUUGUUCAAAAUUACGCAAUGAUUUAUAGUAAAACACUAAAUAGAUUAAAUAAAUAUGGUUGGGGAUCUUACAUGCGGUCAUUUAGUGCGAUAAGUUGUAAUUGCGAACUCAAACAGAAUAAACCAAUAUUAUUAAAAAAUGAUUUGAUUAAUAUUAAUAAUAGAAGACAUAUAUCUUACGAAGGUAUUGUAGAAUGGCAGCAACAGACGUACACUAGCAUAUCGAAUAGCUAUUUCGUUAAUUUAAUGCAAAAUGGACUACUAUACUUUCAUGAUUUAUCAGGCCUAUCCUGGUGGGCUACUGUUAUCACUUCGACUAUCCUAAUAAGAGGUUUAAUGACUUUACCACUAACAAUAUAUCAAAACAAUAUACUUGCCAAAGUUGAAAAUAUUAGCUUGGAGUUAAAAGAUUUAAUAGAUGAAUUGAAGAGAGAGACAGCAAUGGCAAAGAAGGCAUAUAACCUGACUGAUAAACAAGCAAUGGUAUUAUACAAAAGAUCUCUAAAGAAACAAUGGUAUAAACUUAUUGUACGGGAGAAUUGUCAUCCAUUUAAGUCAACUUUGGUGGUUUGGUUACAAAUUCCAAUAUGGAUUUGCAUGUCAUUUGCUCUUCGAAACUUGGUUUAUAUGCAAUCAGGUGAUCCUGCAGCUUUAGUGACUUUUAUGCAACUGUCAACUGGUGGAGUUGGUUGGUUUCCUAAUUUGACAGAGCCAGACCAUUCUUUUAUAUUACCAGUGGCAUUUGGACUAACCAAUAUAGCAAUAAUAGAAAUACAAAGAAUGUCAAAGCUUCGACAACCUUCUAAAGUGUAUAAUGCUUUCACAAAUGUAUUUAGGAUAUUUUCUGUUGUUAUGAUACCUGUUGCAGCCAGUGUGCCUUCAUGUAUGUGUCUUUAUUGGAUGACAUCAAGUGGAUUUGGACUUAUCCAGAACUUAUGUCUUCUCUCACCAACAGUGAGGAGAAGAUUAAGAAUACCAGAGGCUCCAAGUGAACUUGAAGACCCGUACAAUCAUAUGAAGAAAGAAAUAAAACAUGCUCUUGAGAAAAUUAUACCAAAGAAAUCAUAGUAAAUAAUGUUUUAAAACUA